CCAGGGGGCGGGGAGGGGGACAGCGGUGGCUGGGACAGCCAGGGGUGGGGGCAGCGAUGGCCGGGGCAGCCAGGGGGCGGGGAGGGAGAAGGGUGAAGGACUGGAACAGUGGAAAGGAUUGGGGCAAAGAGUGAGGGAGCAGAGGAGGGGAGAGUCAUCGUCUCCCCCCCACACAGCCCAGCUGCUUCUCUCGCCAACAGUAGGGAAGACUUCACUCAUCACCGGAUUCGUGUAUGACAGCUUCACAACACCUACCAGGUCCAUGUACCUGGAGGAUCGUUCAGUCAGGCUGCAGCUCUGGGACACUGCGGACCAGGAGCGUUCCCAAAGCCUCGAUCCCAGCUCCACCCGGGAUUCCACUGCUGCUGUUAUUGUUUAUGAUAUUACACAUCUCAACACCUUCUAUCAGACAAGCAAGUGGAUGGAUGAUGUUCGGGCAGAACGAGGUGGUGACAUCAUCAUCAAGUUGGUAGGGAACAAGAAUGACCUGAGCCACAAGAGGCAAGUAACGUCAGAGGAGGGAAAACAAAGAGCCAAGGAAAUGAAUGUCAUGUUUGUUGAGACAAGCGCCAAAACUGGACACGAUGUCAAACAGCUCUUCCAGCAAGUGGCUACUGUACUUCCUUUCAUGAAGAGUGUCUCAGGUCAAAGCAAAGGUGAAAGCAUCCUGUUUCCCAGCCCAGUGAGGGGCCAAGGAGGGAGGGAGUGGGCAGGGAGGCACACAAGGCUCCUUGGGCAGGGGCAGGGAGCUGAAAAGAUCAGAGUUUUGGCACCCAGGGAGGAGGAGAAAAUAGAACUGACUUUACUCAUUUGA